AUGGCGAUAGGCAAAAGGUCUUGCAGCAUCGUCUGCUUGGUAUCUAUCCAGAUUAUCUUGAUUUUCAGCGCAUCGUGGCCUGGAGCAGCGGGUCUCACGUUCCCACAGCAAUACACGAUAAUGCACUGGGCCAGGCGUAUCGAACAGGAGAUUGACAGAGUCUUUCAGCACAUCACUGGCGCUCAGCAGUUGAAAGGGAUAUACAAUGAAGAAAGACGACGGUUUACUCUGGUGAAGAAUCAGCCUCGGAAGAUUGUGGAGAAGGUGGCCUCAGAUAUAGAGAAACUCCUGGCUAAGAAGCGCAAAGCGCUCGACAGGUUAGCCAGUGAAGCAGAGCGGCUCCAGCGAGAGCAUCUGUGGCAGGAUGGAAUCAAGGAGCUGGACAUGGCUUAUUAUGACUCCAAGGCAGAGCUGGACUAUUACUCCAUGGAUGGAGAGGGAGAGGUGGAAAAUCCUUCGCACAUCAAGCUGGAGUUUGUUUACGAUCCAAACUUCAAAAAUAAUGUCAACUAUUCCUACACAGCUGUUCAGAUUCCCACAGAUAUUUACAAAGGAGCUCCGGUCAUUCUGAAUGAGUUGAACUGGACGCAGGCGCUGGAGAAAGUGUUCAUGGAGAACAGUCAGGAGGAUCCAUCACUGCUGUGGCAAGCGUUCGGGAGUGCGACUGGUGUCACUCGCUACUACCCAGCUACACCUUGGAAAGCCCCUGAUAAAAUCGAUUUGUAUGACGUCAGGAGGAGACCCUGGUACAUCCAGGGAGCCUCGUCCCCAAAAGAUAUGGUCAUUCUUGUUGAUGUGAGCGGCAGUGUCAGUGGACUCACCCUGAAGCUCAUCAAAGCGUCAGUGAUGGAGAUGCUGGACACUUUGUCUGAUGAUGACUAUGUCAACGUGGCCAGGUUCAACGAGAAGGCCGAGGCUGUGGUUCCCUGCUUCAAACAUCUCGUCCAGGCUAAUGUGCGAAACAAAAAGAUCUUCAAGGACGCAGUACAGCAGAUGCAGGCUAAAGGCACCACUGACUACAAGUCUGGAUUUCAUUUUGCCUUCAACCAGCUGUUAAAUAAGACACAUGUUCCUCGGGCCAACUGCAAUAAGAUAAUCAUGCUGUUUACUGAUGGAGGAGAAGACAGAGCUCAGGAUGUCUUCAUGCAAUACAAUUGGCCCAACAAAACGGUUCGAGUUUUCACCUUUUCUGUGGGUCAACACAACUAUGAUGUUACACCUUUACAGUGGAUCGCAUGCACCAAUAAAGGUUACUAUUUUGAGAUCCGUUCCAUCUGUGCUAUAAGGAUUAACACCCAGGAGUACCUCGACGUGCUGGGGCGCCCCAUGGUUCUGGCAGGCAGCGAUGCCAAGCAGGUUCAGUGGACGAAUGUGUAUCAGGAUGCUUUGGGUCUUGGCAUGGUAGUAACUGGGACUUUGCCCGUAUUUAAUCUCACUAUGGAUGGAAACUCACAGAAUCAGCUGAUAUUAGGUGUCAUGGGGGUCGACGUGCAUCUUGACGAGAUAAAGCGACUUACACCACGGUACAAUCUUGGAGCCAAUGGAUACAUAUUUGCCAUUGAUCCAAAUGGAUAUCUUCUCCUCCACCCUAACCUUCAGCCAAAGCUGGUGAACCUCCCUGAGCCUGUGACACUGGACUUCCUGGAUGCAGAGGUGGAGGACAGCAACAAAGAGGAGAUCCGGCGACAAAUGAUUGAUGGAAGACCAGGUGAAAUGCAGGUCAAAACUCUGGUCAAGUCAAUUGAUGAGCAAUACAUUGACGAGGUGUACAGGAGUUACACAUGGACUCCUAUCAACGGCACAGAUUACAGUCUUGGUCUGGUAUUACCCCCCUACAAUGAAUACUUCAUCCAGGCAGAUUUGAGUGAUGUGAUGCUGCAGCUCCAGUAUAUGCAGUCGCUGCUGCCCAGCUCCUUUGAAUCCUCAGGACACGUGUUUCUGGCUCCCAGGGAAUACUGUAAACGUCUGCAUCUUUCUGACAACAACACACAGUUUUUGCAGAACUUCCUCUCGCUCAUGCUGGACAUUUCCCCAGAAUCUGAUGAAUGUGACCAAGGCCUCAUCCACAACCUGAUUUUGGAUUCAAGGAUUAUCGGGCAGCUGGCCUCUCGUGUUUGGAAGAACAAGGACCUGAAUUCGUACGGCUUCCUGGCUGUGUUUGCAUCCACCGAUGGAGGAAUAACACGUGUUUUCCCCAACAUAGCUGCUGAGUUAUGGGAUGAGGAUCCCGAACCCUUCAAUUCAAAUUAUUACAGACGGAGCCUCGAUAACAAAGGCUACAUGUUCAGAGCUCCAUCCAGAGCCUCGUUGGACGACCCUGUAGGCUCAGAAAACGGCACCGUUGGAAUUCUGGUUAGUUCGGCUGUGGAGGUUAAUUUAGGAGGCAAACUGCUGAAACCUUCAGUGGUUGGAGUGAAGCUGGACUUGGAGGCUUGGGUGGACAAGUUUAAGAUCCUGGCCAGCAACGUGUCAGACAGUCGACAGGGCUCACACAAGUGUGGACCAUCCAGAAGCUGUGAGAUGGACUGUGAAGUGAACACUGACGACCUCCUCUGUUAUCUCAUUGAUGAUGGUGGAUUCCUGGUUAUGUCUAAUCAAAGAGAUCAUUGGAAAAAGAUUGGUCUUUUCUUUGGUGAUGUUGACCCUUACCUGAUGCAUGCACUCUACAACAACUCAAUCUUCAAUCGCCGUCAGUCUUUUCACUACCAGUCUGCAUGUGAACCAGUCAGCAGCAGCCAUACUGGAGCAGCACCGAGGGGCAUCUUUGUGCCGUCCAUUGCUGACAUCCUCAGCUUGGCCUGGUGGACAUCCACGGUGGCAUGGUCUGUGACCCAGCAGCUGCUUUAUGGACUCACCUACAACAGCUGGCUCUACCAAGAUCAUCUCCUGGUUGAAGGUUUUGAGACGAGGGAAAGCAGCUGUGUGACCAUCCAAAGCCAGUUCUACUUUACCAACACCACCAACUCCUACAACGUGCUGCAGGACUGUGGAAACUGCUCGCGGCUUUUCCACGCUAAGCGGAUAGAAAAUACCAACCUCCUCUUUGUGGUCGCUGAGACGCUCCCCUGCAGCUCAUGUGAGAUAGAGAGAUUGACACAGAUCAGGACUGAGUUUCAGGAGGAGAAUCCAUGUGAAGUACUGAGCAACGCACGGUAUCGUAAAGGCCCGACAUCCUGCUUUGACUACAGUGCCUUAGAAAACACGUCAGAGUGUGGACGAGGUUGUGCACUGCAGUCCUCUAUAGGAGUCCUCCUCUUUAUUCAGCUUACUCUGCCUCUUUUUCAUCUCUGAC